GCACUCGAUCGGCGACGUUAUAAGUACCUCGCCUCCGCACCACUCCAUCUCAUCUCAUCUUAGGCCAGUGCAAAUCACAUCAAGCAAGAGCAGCCAAAACAUCUUUUUGAUCGCCGUAUUUUCCCCUCGCACAGAUCUCAGCAAGACUGACCAUGUCGCUCGUGAGGCAGAGCAACGUGUUCAACCCCUUCGCUGACCUCUGGGUCGACCCCUUCAAAGCUUUCCGCUCAGUCAUCCCGGCAGCAUCAGAUUCCGACACCGCCGCCUUCGUGAACGCUCAGAUGGACUGGAAGGAGACACCCGAGGCGCACGUGUUCAAGGCCGAUCUUCCCGGCGUGAAGAAGGAGGAGGUCAAGGUGGAGGUGGAGGACGGCAACGUGCUCGUCGUCAGCGGCGAGCGCACAAAGGAGAAGGAGGACAAGAACGACAAGUGGCAUCGCGUGGAGCGCAGCAAAGGCAAGUUCGUCCGGCGUUUCCGACUGCCUGAGAACGCCAAGGUGGAGGAAGUGAAGGCCGGGAUGGAAAACGGCGUGCUCACCAUUACGGUGCCCAAAGCAGAGGUCAAGAAGCCCCAGGUGAAAGCCAUCGAGAUCUCCGGCUAAGAUGCAUGUCGAUCGGGACCAGCUUGGUCCAUGUCCUUGAUUUGCUGUGUCGGUGCUCCUAUGGAGUCGUGUGUUGUUUUGUAUCGAACUCUUCUGUAUCUUUCAGCUGUGCGAGGUUGAUCGUGUUCCAGAUUUCAGAAGAAUAUAAGUAAAUAAGAAAUAAAUCGUUUUUUUU